UGUGUCUGCGAAGCAUUGUAUUUCCGAUCGCGCCACGAUCUGCUCUGCCAGGACAGAUAUAGCUAUAUUUCUAAAGUUAGGGUAUAAUAUACUGGCUCUUUAAACGUCAUUCACAUCGCUGAGAGAAGCAGUGAUCCUCAUUCCUCUGCUGUUGCAGUCCAGGAUCCAGUCUCGUGCGGCUCUACAGCAGAGAUCCAGCGGAACAGAAGCAGAAACAUCUCAUCCGUCAUCUUUAUUCAGUUCAGAGUCUUCACGGAUCUACAGCAGCACGUGCAACAUGUCGCGCUUUGUGUUUUUAUUAUUAAUAUACGGUGAAUGUGUUGCUGAAGUCAGUAAAACGGCUGUGUCUGGUGCAGAGACGGAGGGAUCUGAGUCAGUGACAGUGAUGGAGGCAGAUUCUGUCACUCUACACACUAACCUUUCUGAACUACUCAACGACGACACCAUACUGUGGAUGUUCGGACCUAAAGACUCUCUCAUAUCUCAAAUAAAGAGAAAGCUUGACUUGACCUCAUUUUUAGUCACCGAUGAUGUUAGAUUCAGUGGCAGAUUGCAGGUGGAUCAAAAGACUGGAUCUCUCUCCAUCACAAACACCAGAAUCAGACACUCGGGACAAUAUAAACUCUCCAUCUCUAGAGAAAAGACCACGACAAAGACAUUUAGUGUUACUGUCAUUAGCGUGGCCGAUGAGACGGACGGAGUGCAGUCCGUGUCAGUUUCAGUGACGGAGGGAGAUCCUGUCACUCUACGCAUUGAUGCUGAAAUGCACAAAGAUGCUCUGAUGCUCUGGAGGUUUGGAGAUCAAGGAAUCCUCCUCACUAGAAUCGAUACUGAAUCUAGUGAAGUCUCAUUAAACGAUGCUGAUGAGAGAUUCAGAGGUGGACUGCAGCUGAAUCAGAACGGAUCUCUGACUAUCAAGAAGAGCAGAAGUGAACACGCUGGACUUUAUGAGCUGCAGAUCAGAGGCCGUGAGAGCGCGCAGCGAUUCCUUCUUUCUGUCAAUGCUGUCCCAGAUCCAGGUCUUUCUUCAGGUGCUGUAGCAGGAGUUGUUUUUGGUGUUUUAGUUCCAGUUUUGCUGCUUGCGGCUGCAGCUUUGGCUCUCAUUUACUAUCGCCACAGGAUCUCUAAAUUAAAAAAGCAAAUGGCUGUGGCAGGCGAAGAGAAGGAAGAGACAGUGACGGAGGGAGAUUCUCCAACUCUACACACUGGUCUUACUGAAAUAAAUGCUAAUGAUAUGAUAGAGUGGUGUUAUGAAGCUGAAGACAAUCGCAUUGCUCAAAUCAAUGGAGGGACCAGAAGCACAUCUACAUUAGCGGGUGCUGAUGGGAGAUUCAGGAGCAAACUGAUGCUGGAUGACAGAACUGGAGAUCUCACUAUCAGUAACGUCAGAACCAUUCACUCUGGACUCUAUAAACUAAACAUCAGCAGCAGCAUACAAACCAAACACAAGAGAUUCAUUCUUACUGUCAGUGUGAAGUCGAUGUCAGUGAAGGAGGGAGCUUCUGUCCUUCUCCAGACUGCUGCUGAGAUUCAGACGGAUGAUCUCAUACUGUGGACGUUAGGAGCUCAAAACCGUCUCGUUGUGAAAAGUGAUUCAGGAAAGACGAGUAUCGGAAAGCGCUUUAGAGACCGACUGGAUCUGAACAUGACGACUGGAUCGCUGACCAUCAGAAACAUCAGAACCACAGACUCUGGACAUUUUAAACUGCAAAUCAUCAACAGCGAACAGACCACAUUCAGGAGAUUCAAUGUGACUGUCACUGAUUCCACAGCUGAAGGAGCGAGUGAAGAAACGACUGUAGUGACGCCGCUGUUGAAUGGGGAAGUCACUGAUGGAGGGAACGAGCCGCAGGCGACGAGUCCAGUUUGAUGAGACAAGACACGCCCACCGCUGUGACAUCAUCGGCGGUCACGCUCAACCGCAUUGCUGCUGCCGGUGAACAAUGUGAAAAACGUUGGAAAGAAGUUCUAGUGAAUUCUUGUGUGAUGAGCACAUGACAAACAGCGGGUUACAGCCACCGAGUAAAGCGUUCUCUGUCCACACCGAGGACGAGUGACACUCUGAACUGAUCCAAAUCUGUGCUGGAAGAGCUGUAGCUGCAUCUGAACCAGAUCCAGACAGACAAGAUGAUGCAAAACAGGCAAACACUGAACCUUUUGUCACUUAAAACACUACUCUGCAUUUGUCUGUGUUUAUAUUGUACAUUAUAAUGAAAGUGUUGGUUUUCUCUGUCAUAUCAAUGUUAGUUAGUGGAACUCGUGUUGUAAGCUAUGCUGCAUUUAGUCAGUUAGAGAUCAGAGAAAGUCUCCAUUUCAAGGUUUUCUUGUCAUAUGAUGCUGAUUGAUGACUGAUGAUGAUGCCGUUCUUUAAUAAUAUGAUAAUCAUUUAAUAAUAUGAUUUUCAGUCACAAGGUGGAGCUGAAGCGGCAUCAUCUGCAGUCGGAGAGUCAUAUUUUGGCGGUGCGCAAUAAUCCUAAUAGCAUCCAAUCUCUGGUAAAAUUAUUAAAAUGUUUAAUAUGUUAUAAUGAAACAUGUGCAAUUUAUAUUUUGCUUGGAAAUAUUUGUAAUUAAUUUACAAGGUUUGCACUUUUCAGCUGUUAAGGCCUUGUCUUUCUAUGCUUUGUUGGUGCUACAGCAGGAUCUUUAGGAGAGACAUACUGGGUGCUUUUUUAAUAAUUGAACAGAAUGAAAUAUACAACAGUAUGUACAAAUCGUUGAUUCAUUAAUCAAAAACUGAAGAUGUGUGAAAAACAGUACAAGUCUUCUUUGCUUUGUAUUAACAACAUUCUCCAAAUUGGUGCACUAGUCCUUAGUCUCCUGAAGAAAAUGAGUGAAAUUUGGCUUGGAUCCUGACCUUUUCUUCUGAUGUAUGUGAAAUUCUCCCAAAGUAAUAAAAAGUCGUACAAGAAAAUAAUGUAUUAUUAACUUCUUUGUAAUAAUAU